AUGGCGACCACUCAGCUUACUGCUUCAUCGAUUUCAACGAGGAAUUUUUCAUCCUUUGAAGGGCUUCGAACUUCAUCAAUUCAAUUUCGUAGUAAGAAUGUUAGAAUUGGUAUUUCCACACAAAGGUUGUUCCCGUCUAUGGUUGUUAAAGCUGCCACUGUUGUUGCCCCAAAGCAUACCUCACUCAAGCCACUAGGUGAUAGAGUACUGGUAAAAAUUAAGGAUGCAGAAGAGAAAACUUUGGGUGGAAUUAUACUUCCAUCAACUGCGCAAUCAAAGCCUCAAGGGGGUGAGGUGGUUGCUGUUGGAGAAGGGAAGACAGUUGGGAAGAACAAUGUUGAAAUUAGUGUGAAGGCUGGUGCACAAGUUGUGUACUCAAAGUAUGCAGGGACUGAGGUGGAGUUCAAUGGUUCAAAACAUCUUAUACUUAAAGAUGAUGACAUUGUUGGUAUUCUUGAAACCGAUGAGGUCAAGGAUCUUAAACCCUUGAGCGAUAGAGUCUUGAUAAAGAUUGCAGAAGCUGAGGAAAAAACUGCUGGUGGUUUGUUGCUCACGGAAGCAACCAAGGAGAAACCAUCCGUUGGCACCGUGAUAGCUGUUGGUCCAGGGUCUGUGGAUGAAGAAGGCAACAGGAAACCGUUAUCCAUUACACCCGGGAAUACAGUUCUUUACUCCAAAUACGCGGGGAAUGACUUCAAGGGCAAAGAUGGUUCUGACUAUAUUGCUUUGAGAGCCUCAGAUGUCAUGGCAAUUCUUUCUUAG